UCCGUUGGGAGGUCCAACGUACUCCUCUGGGUCAUCCGGCCGAGUUUUCCCCCAAAACCCAUCGAAAACCCUUCUCAGCCUCAAGCCCCGCCGCCGCCGCCGCCCCUCGCCGGCGAAGCCCGUAGAACCCUGAGAGUUCUGCAGACCCUUCUCGCCACUCUCUUCGUCUCCCCUCAUGGCGCUCCUCCUGCGGCGAGGCGCCACACUCGCCGCCCGCUCCCUGCGCGUCGCCGCCGCCGCCUCCUCCGCUUCCACCUCCGUCCACCGCCUAACGGCCGCCGGAUCCCUUGGCGCCGCAAGAGAGCUUCCCUCCACGCAGAUUUUCCUCUUCGAGGCCCGUAGAGGCUUCGCGAAGGGGAAGAAAUCGAAGAAUGAUAGUCGAGGUGAUACGGUUGAAGCCGUUCCUGACAUUGGACCAACUGUCAAAUCAACCGCGACCGCACAAAUGGAGACAGCUGUCGUUGCGUUGUCGCGAGAGCUGAGUAAACUUCGGACAGGAAGAGCAUCUCCCGGCAUGCUUGACCACAUCAUGGUAGAAACUGCGGAUACGAAAGUUGGACUGAAUCGCAUUGCUGUUGUUUCUGUCCUGGAUGCGCAUACCCUUUCAGUGAUGCCUUAUGAUCCAUCUUCAAUGAAGUCUAUUGAGAACGCAAUUGUUUCAUCUCCAUUGGGCAUCAAUCCAACACCUGACGGCAAUAGGAUUAUUGCACCUAUACCUCCGUUGACAAAGGAGAAUAUACAGGCACUGUGUAAGGUUGUUACUAAAUCUGCUGAGGAUUUCAAGCAAAGUAUUAGAAGAGCACGCCAAAAGGCACUUGAUACGAUAAAGAAAUCUUCAUCUAGCAUGCCAAAGGAUGAUAUAAAGCGACUUGAGAAGGAAGUUGAAGAAAUGACCAAGAAGUUCAUUAAGUCGGCAGAUGAUAUGUGCAAGGCGAAGGAGAAGGAAAUCUCUGGAAACUAGACCUGUCCAUGUGGUUGUUCUUUUCUUGUUAUGGUUUACUUUCCGCAACUUUUGUGUGAGGGGUGUUGUGGUACCGCAAUUGUGCAACCAUAUCAAAGAUGACAUUUUUUUUUCUUGUGCCCUUGUAGCUAUACCGUUAGCAAUUCAAAAUGGUGUGCUGGCCAGGGCAAGCUGGCAUGCGUUGCUGAUGAAACUCUGAUUCUGAUGUAAUUUUUAUUAGAUGAUCAGGGACCUUGUCCCGGGCUCUGUUUUAUUGAAAUAAAACCAAAACCAACAACCAUCCACCAGUGCCAGAUUCAAUAGUGUUCAAAAUGGAAUCAGAAUUACAUGCCGUACAAAUUCCAGCUACCGGAGCUUGGUUCUGUAUAUCAGCAACUCAGAACAGGAAGUAGGAUGGCAUGCCCACUGUUUGAUUCUGAUGUAAUGUCCAUUCAGGGAGUCAUGAAUCGAUACUUUAUGAAUCAAAUUUGAUAUACUCCGUA